AUGGACAGCGCCCACUGGCAAAGUUCGGUCACGAUGACCGACUGGCAACAGAUGGUAGUUCCCGAACAAAACCUUGAAGGGACGGUUCAGCCUUCCCAGAUACUUGACCUCGAUCCCGGAGCUCUCGACCACCUUCUUGGCAUUCCCGAAAAUGCAUCUUCUAAUGGUACCACGCCGCGUAUCACUCGGGCAGAGUGGGACCGACAUAAAGAAGCCAUUGUGGCCAUGUAUCCUUACAAGACCCUGCCUGAUCUCAUGAAGUAUAUGACCGACGUUUAUACUUUCAGGGCUAGCAAACAACAGUGGAAGAAGAAGCUUCGCGAGUGGAAUCUCACCAAGAAUCUCUCACACCAAGUGGCAAAAUUCGUUGGCAAGCGAGGCCAGAGCCGGCACAGAGGGGGCAAAAAGACCAAGUUCCUCCUUAGGGGGGAACCAGUACCAAUUGACAAGGUCCAGCGACACAUGCAAGCCUACGAAAACCCUUCCAAAAGCCUGACAGGCAGCACUCCCGAUGGCCUUACCUACACCACCAUCAAAUCCCCCGCUUUAGCCAGGCCUAGUAUUCCCAUUCCAUCCCAAACAGCACCGGCUUCCGCUCCACAAAUCCCAGCUCCAAUGGCCUCUCCCCAAGCACCCUUCAUACAACCCCAGGUCGGAGCUGAGAUGGAUCAAGUUCAAAUGGCGUUCUGGAAUGGUCGAGAUCUGGAUGACCUGCUGAAAGAUGCUCGAAAUGCCUCCCAGCUCGCCAUGAAGGGAGAUUAUAUGAGCGCCAAGCCCAUCUUCAUGGAAUGUCUCGACGGUCUGGAGGUAGUUCUGGCGCCUACCCAUGCCACCUUUAUGAGUGUUCUCCAACAGUAUGUCUAUUAUGCCGUCGACAAUAAAGACUUUGACGAAGCAACAGCGAGAGUGCACAAGUCCUACAGUGAUCACAAACAGAGGCUAGGUUCUCACGACAAGAAAGUCUGGCAAUGCUUGGCGAGACUGGGUCUCUUGUAUUACAAGAGGGGCAUGGCAUCGCAAGCAUACCACAUGCUUGUCAAUGCCAGAAAGGGGCUUCUUGCUGCAACUUCUGGAAAGACUGAGGAGUCAUACAAUUGCGUGCUCGAAACGGUCAAAGCAAUCAUCUCCAUAUCCAUCAAACAUCAUGACUUUGGCGAAGCUGAGCGGGAGCUGUUGGACCUGAUCGCGCAAGCGGAGAGCUUGGGUGCAGCAUAUCAAGACGAUGCGUUGAGCCACAAGCAUGACCUAGUUCACCUCUACCAUGACAACUGGUCACGAAGCAAACACACCUACGGGCAUACGCCACCAAACCGGAAUCAGACUGAGAGGUUUCUCCUCGAGAUUAUACACUUUAAGAGUAUGUUUCAAGAGGUCACGCAUAUGCAAACAUGCAGCUGGGAUAAACUGCGUGACUUUUACGAGACUACAGGCCAACGAGACAAGCUAGAAGAAUUGCUGCCAAAGCUCGAAGACCUUCUCAGCAAGGAUGGGUUUCUGAGCGCUAGCAAUGAGAACUUGCUUGUCUUUAAACAGAACAUGAUCAACUCGUUUUCGGCUCUCGGUCAAUACGAGCAAGCAGAAUGGUGGCUACUCCGUAUACGGGAUGAGGCUGAACACUAUUCCUUCGACCGGGUAUCCCUCAAUAUGCGGCUGGCUGAUCUGUAUUUCCAGAUGGAAAAGCCCGACGACGGGCUGGUGAUGCUUAAGGAAGCUCAGAGUAUCGGCAAAGACAUCCUCCCGAAGGAUCACACGUUCCAUUCAGUUGUCGUGCAGUCCAUUAGCGAUCGCAAAGUUUCAGGCGGAUGCUGCCCAGAAUGUCAUGUUAAUCCGCCGGGGGAGAAUCGGAAGCUAAACUCUGCGAUCCAUGAACUCAUAGGAUCCGAGACUGAUGUCGACUACCCUAUGCAGUCUGAGCUUCUUGGCGCAGGUGAUGAGUAG